CGGCCCCGGCCUCACUCAUCAAUAGUCAGUUGUCGGAACAGGUGUGCAUCCUCUGGCUCCCCUCAUGACCUACCAUGAACACUUUCCUGCAGGUGCUGCUGCAGGUGGUCAUAGCAGGGUGCUGGUGCUCACCUGUGUGGGGCAAGGUAGUGUUGGGCACCAGACUCAGGAACAGAUUCAUGAUAAGUGAGCUAGCAGUGAUGGAGCCUCCGUUACCUCAACACAGGUCCUCCAACACCACCUCCCAGAUGAGUAGUAAGCAGGCAGAAGAAGAGGAAGGAGUGACCAUGACGAAGCUGGUGGCCGUGAAGGAGUGUAACACCACCCACCACCUGGAUGAUGGCCACGCUGUCCUCCUCUUCUCCCGGCAAGAUCUGUACAGAUACGAGUGUACACAAACCUUCCAGCCCAUCAACCAGGACAGUCACCUGACCCUCACCUGCCAACACUUGCAACUCAAGUUCAACUGUUUCCUCGAGGCGCUCACCGUCACCGUAGACGACCAGACGGACACGUACUGCAGGAAUGACGAGGUGAAGCCAAGGACGGGGAAGGUGGUGGUGGUGCAGUACCGGCGGCUGAUGGGCGGGAUACACGGAGGCUAUGUGUGCACAGUGGUCACCUCCUACCCCGAGACCCCCGCCAACCUCGCCUCCCCCUGCAUCACUUGUGGAGACGUGGCCGUCACGGACGAGACGACCCGCUUCAGUGUCCAGCGGAUAGUGGGUGGCCUAGCUGCUGAAAAGAACGAGUACCCGUGGAUGGCGUUUCUGGUGAUAGAGGUGAACACGUACGAGUACAGGUGUGGCGGCUCCCUCAUCACUAGCACUCUCAUCCUCAGCGCCGCCCACUGCUUCUCUGGCUACAACAUCAAGUCGAUCAAAGUUGGUCUCGGGAAGCUGGAUGUAAGCAGCUACUACGAGGACGACGCCCACUGGUACAAGACCACCAAGUACGAGGUCCACCCGCAGUAUGACGACGCCAACAUCCAAAACGACGUGGCCCUCGUCGUCCUGCCUGACCCUGUUACCUUCACAGACUCCAUCCGUCCGCUGUGUCUCCCCGCCACCGACAUCGAUAUGGCCGGCGUCAUCGCUACUGCCAGCGGGUGGGGCGCUGUCAUGUAUGGAGGCUACGAGGCCAAGGAGCUACAGGAGGUGGAACUUGAGGUGCAGACCAACGCCAACUGUCAGGCAGCCUGGAGGGAAAAGUUCCAGGACCAAACAUUCACCCUCCUGUCCUCCCAGUUGUGUGCCAUCGCUGAUGGCAAGGACACCUGCAGCGGCGAUUCCGGCGGACCUCUCAUUGUGAAGGUUGGAGGUCGAUGGGAGGUGCUGGGCAUAACCUCCUACGGGUACAAGUGUGCGGUGAAGGACGUCCCGGGGGUCUACACCAGAGUGUCUAAGUAUCUCACCUGGAUCAACACUUUUAUACCUGACGACUACUGCAGUACUGCACCAACAACCAGUGACCCCCUACAUCAGUGACCCACUACACACACAUACAUCAGUGACCCCCUUUAUAUAUACACACACACACACGGACCAGCUGGGGUAAGGAGUUGUGUGGCUGAAGGAACAGAGAUGCUUCGCCAAAAGUGAAGCUGCAGCCAACCUUGACACCACCACAGGAGGCCGAAGGAUGUGUAUGUGUGAAAGGCCAACAACAACAAACUGUGAUAACUUACAUAUGAACGAAAGCAACAAGACAAAUAAACCUUCUUAUCCAUAUAUAUAUAUAUAUAUUUUCACGUCUCACCUAAUGAUCUGCAACAAAUAUAUAAAUACUGUACCUCACUUUUACGGAGGUCCAAUAGUUCCACCUAGAUAACAUAAACCGGUAUAAAUGUUUAUUUUUCUAGAGCACCAAAACUAUAUUCUUAAAACGUUUGUUGUUUAGGUAUUCGAGCGAUAAUACAAGCAACGGGAACACGAAGAGAGAGCCUCAGAGAAUAAAGAUGAACCUGAACCCAAGAGGAAGUGUCGUCUAGUGCACAUCAUGUAUAAGUCAUUACGACGACGUUUGUUAUUUGUUAUGUAAUACGUCCCUCCUAUAAUUACUAUAAUAAAAAUGUAUAUAGGAA